AUGCCUUCCUUCACCGUCUACACAGGAUCCAAGGAUGGCCUUGCUAAGCCUCGCACCACCACCAAGCCCGAUCAGCUCACUGGUGACCAGGUGUACCUGCGAGUGACGGCCUCUGGAAUGUGCUUUACAGAUGUGCAUUAUAAACAUGGAGAUGUUGCACUGGGUCACGAAGGUGUUGGAGUUGUUGAACAGACCGGCCCCGGCGCCACCUAUCUCAAGAAGGGAGACCGAGUGGGCUGGGGAUACCAGACUGACCACUGCGGCCACUGUCUCGAGUGUCUUCAGGGAAACGACGUUUUCUGCAAGGAGCGUGUUCUCUACGGCUCAGGAAACACCGACCAGGGCAGCUUUGCUACUCACGCCGUUCUUCGAGAGGCUUUCCUCCACCCCAUUCCAGAUGAGAUUAGCAACGAGGAUGCUGCGCCUCUUCAGUGUGCUGGCGCGACUGUUUUCACUGCUUUGCACGAUGUGGACUCCAACGACACUGUUGGUAUUAUGGGAGUUGGAGGUCUAGGGCACAUUGCCAUUCAGUUUGCGGCCAAGCUUGGCUGCCGUGUUGUUGUGCUUUCUGGCUCUGAUAGCAAGAAAUCUGAUGCCACGAAGCUUGGUGCUCACAGAUUUGUCGCCAUGAACAAGGGCAAUAUUGAUGAGCAGCUGGGUGACUGGAAAAUCUCUCGCCUCCUGGUUACUACUUCCGCUCAGCCAGCUUGGGACAAGAUCCUGCCCCUUCUUUCUACUCGUGCUCGUAUCUAUCCUCUGUCGGUGUCAUCUGACAACCUGGAAAUGCCCUACAUGCCUCUCAUCAUGAGCGGCAUCACAAUUCAUGGCUCCCUCGUCGCCUCGCGCCCUAUUCACCGUAAAAUGUUGGAGUUUGCUGCUCUUCACCAGAUUAAGCCUGUGCUUGAGAAGUUUGAGAUGACAGAAGAUGGUAUCAACAAGGCGUUUGAGCGUCUUGAGGCGGGCAAGGUGCAAUACAGAGUUGUUCUGCUACCAAAGCAGAAGUAG